AUGGAGUUUCUCUUCGAUUCCUUGGUCUUCCAUGGCCCGCGCUUCACCUACCUCGAAGCGCAGGAGUUUUACAUCGCAGCUGAUGCAUCUUGCGAGCAGCCGCUUAAGGUGCCUCGACGGAGAGUCCCUGUCGGAAACAAGACAUUGUUAGAGCUGCAAAUCAUUGAAGCGACAACCAAACAACGACUACACCUGGAGACCUUCCGGUCCUCCGCUCUGGGGAAGCAGGACGCUCAUUUUGAUGCACGGGCGUGGUUUGACUCGCACGUACGCCCUCAGAUACUUGUCCUUCCUGCGGUAGAGCUUUACAUGUUUCCAGAUGAUGUGCAGAACGUCAGCUCGACGUGGAAAGUCUUGCUCCUUCCACGAUCCCGAGCAGUUUUUGGGCGGACUGUCUACCUUUGCAGGAAACCGGAGGUGCUGUUGAACCCCUGCAUAGCCAAGCUGCCCUUUUCCGGCCUGCCUUUUCGCUUCAUACAUCUGCUUGGUAUCUGGGACCCAGACUUGGGGUCUUCCAGAUCUACACCACACAGGCUAUUGCUGCUAUUGGAGGUUUUCGUUCUUGCCUUGGGCUUAUGUGCCACCUGUCUGGUUCUCGUGUCGGCGAAGCUCAUGAUGCAGGCUGCCUGGAAACAGUAUACUCCGCCAGCGGAUGGUCUGCGGAAGGACGCACUUCUCGGGGACAGACUUCCGAAGGUGUACAUUCUGAUUCAGCAUGCCUUUGUGUACAAAGAUGCCCGGAAAGGUGAGCUACACAGGGCUGAGCCUCUGGAUGCCUGUCGCGAGGUGACCGUGCUGGAAAUGGUCGAGGCAGACAGGGAAAGACGAGGGUUGAUCGAACAGCUCCAACACUUUCUGCUUCACAGGGGAGAAUCUGCCUUGUGGGGCCGUUUGGAAGACCCUUCUGGCUGGAUCGUUCUUGCCAAUGGGGCUGAAGAUGUGCGCGUCGUAACGGAAGGUGAGUUACCCUCCUCGCUCUUCUGUGCCAAUCCGGAACUGCUGCAGCCGCUUCCAUCUAUGUUGCGGCGCCAGUGGGUGUUGGCAGCCAGCCAUGCUACAGUGCAGCUUUAUCUGCUCGAGAGUUUGUCCAAGAUGUUCGAAAUGUCCGUCAUUUCGGUCAUUUCUGCUAGCCUCUUGGCUAUUCAUCUGUUGGUUUUGUGCCAGAUGGAGAUGACGUACUCAGCAGCCCUGCACUAUGAACAGGCGAUGGAACGCCAGGGCAAGCUUGUGACCUUGACAGGCACCAGCAGCGUGCUCACCCUUCUCGUCUCAGCUGUGGUCAUGCUGCUAGUCGCAGUCGCGGUUGGAAUCCUAGGGAAUGAAGCCAUGGUUUCGGCUGCUAUUCCAUGCACGUCCUUGGCCACCUCGGUCGCCUGGCACCUCAUGGACUUUCGGUCAUCGCUUGCUGGCCUUGACAAGUGGAGAUCACCUCAACUGAAGGCCACGGAAUUCACGGGUACUGCCGGCAAGAGCUUCGAGACCAUCAGUAGUAGCGACUCAAAAUCCUUAACGCGAGGCCGAGAAUUCCAGAAACAGAUGAUGCGCUUCCUUGUGGGCCUGCUUGCCGUUGGGGCCUUGGGUAUUCUGGUUCUACUUUGCCUUGACGGGAUGAAGAUGCGGGGUGAGCUCGUGGACUAUUCUUUCAGUUGUGGGCGCCUUUCGAUUCCCCCGAACCCGUCGGCAGUUCAAAACACCCUCCUGCUACAUACCAGUGUGGACUCUUGUUCUUUUCGAUUUGAGGCAGGCCUGCACACCUCUAAGGUGCACCUGCGCUUGGAGCAUGCCUAUGGCUAUACAGCUUUAUCGCAAGGAGUAACUGUGUUUGAUGAAGAUCAUGACAAGGUCAAUACGGGAGAAGAGAAAAGAGCUGGCGAGAUUUCGGUGAACUUGCCGGCGGGCCCACUAUACAGCCGGAUCAUUGUCUCGGCUUCAAGCCAUCUACACAAAACGCCCACCCGGUACAUGAUCCACUUGUUGCGUGUUGGCGAGGCAGUCAAGUUGUUGCUGGACGCGCCCGUCAAUCCUGCCCACUUUUCAAAGGAGGAGUCAACCUUGCCCAGGCUCCUCAACUUUCACGAGACACGGCGAUGGCUGUAUCAACAGAACAAUCCGGCUUGGUACGUCCCGGACCUAGAUGUGAGAAGCAACAGCUCACUCCGCAUCGAACACCUUCCUAUUAUCUUUGCACCGGUGUUGAAUCAUAAGGUUGGUGAGGCAGCAGUGGCCGAGCGGAGUGGUGUGACUACAGUUGCAAGCACAUGCUUGUGUGGGACGGAAAGAGCAGGUUUUGGAAAUUCUUGUGCGGUGCAGCUGCCAGUCACCUUACGCAGUGGAAGCAGCAUGUGCCUCUUUCAGCAUGGCUUGCAGAGAGAGCUUCGUGUCGAUGAUGGCCCAGGAAGUAUUUCAGUACAUGGACCACAUGGAUCCGACCUCGCCGAGUGGCUCGCCCAUGCAGAGGUCAGUGGGAGACCCGCAGUCCUGCAGCUGUCCGCUCCGUCAACAGGCCAAGUGUCGUAUUGGCAUUUCUCAAAAGUUAAGGAGCCAAAGUUAGGCGGCUCAGCAGACGCUGUCCAUCAUGGUAGGCUGACCACUAUUCUGGAGACGUCUAUACCCACAGAGAUGCUCCUCACUCAAGUUGCGCUGCUGGCAACAGAGGACAUGACCUACGCAGAAGGCCUGGCCGUGCCUUUGAAGCUUACUUCGCACGCUCCCCCCAUACAUUUGAGCAUCAACAGCACCGAGGGCCUUCUACUUCCUGAGCGCAGCGGCGCACAUGAGCGAGCCGACUUCGCCGCUUGUGGCCUGCGCGACCCUGCACAGUAUGACGCUUCUGUGACGUUCUCAGUUCCCGUCUGCCUCGAGAAAGCAGUUCUACUGGACGACGUGGAUUUAUUCCGCAAGAUCUUGAGGGGACUUGCCAGCAACAAGUCUCGCAAUGACGUCUUGCAAGAUUGUGGUACUUUGCAGAAGGCCAUGCAGCUGAAUCGGUCCCGCAUCGUGUCGGAGAUUAGGGCUUCUCUGAGCUAA